AUGCAAAGCGGCAACCUCUACCAAAUCCCCUUCCGCCGAACCCAGCCCGUGCUCCUCUUCGCCGCCAUCAAAUCCUACAUCUCCACCAAGUACGACCAGCACCCAGACUCGUUUGCGCGCGACUUAGAAAUCGUCGACCAGCUUCGCAAAGAUGCUGUCAAUGCGCUCGAGCCGCACGUCAGUGGUGUGCGGAAGUUGCAAGCGUAUGCGGCGCAGUUGGUGUGGAUGGGUGGGAAGUUUCCCGUAGAUAUUGGAGCGGAUUUCACGUGGUAUCCUUCUCUCGGCUACCAUCAGUCUCGUGCGCAUACCGAGAAUAACCUUCGAUUCGAACUCGCCAAUGUCCUCUUCAAUCUCGCCGCGAUGUACUCCCAGCUAGCCCUGUCUUCCAAUCGCGCAACGGCAGAUGGAUUGAAAAACGCGGCAGCAAACUUCUGUUUUGCGGCUGGAGUGAUCAGCCACCUCAAGACAAACAUCAUUCCCGAACUGCGGACCAGUCCGCCUGAGGACAUGGAUGACGCAAGCCUGGACACGCUCGAGUAUUUGAUGUUGGCGCAGGCGCAGGAGUGCUUUUGGCAAAAGGCAGUAAAAGACGGACUGAAGGAUUCAUCGAUUGCGAAGCUCGCUGCAAAAGUUUCGGACUUGUAUUCGGAGGCCGGCGAUUGUUCGUUGAAGAGCGAUAGUGUGAGUUCGGAGUGGAUACAUCACAUCAACUCCAAGCAUCACCAUUUUGCUGCUGCUGCGCAGUAUCGAGCUGCAUGCGAUUGUUUGGAGAAGAGGAAGUACGGUGAGGAAGUGGCGAGGCUGCGAGACAGUCUGAAAUGCGUCAACGAGGCGAUGAAGGAGAGCAGGUAUAUCAACAAAGCCGUCCUGGCUGAUCUGACGGGGCUUAAGAACCGCGUGUCAGAGGAUCUCAAGCGGGCGGAGAAGGACAACGACACCAUCUACCUCAUCCCGGAACCGCCAAAGAGCGAACUCAAGCCUUUGGACCGCGCAUCAAUGGUCAGCGCCAAGGUGCCAAAGGAAGUCAGCGAUUCUCAGGAGCUGCUGGGAGAUCACGCGAGUGAACUUGGCAAGCCUCUGUUCGCGCGACUCGUCCCGUAUAGCGUGCAUGUCGCUGCGUCGAUCUACGCCGACCGCCGGGACAGGCUUGUCAACAAUACCAUCAUUGCCGAGCUGGAGGCGCUCACGCAGCGAAUGUACGAGACGCUGUCGAGCCUCAAUCUCCCAGGGAGCCUGCAGGCUCUGGAGAAGCCACUGGGCUUGCCGCCUGGCUUGGCGAGCCAUGCAGAGGAAGUGCGGCAAGCGAAUGGAGUGCAGAGGCUGCACACCAUCAUCGCGGAUACCGAGAAAUUGAAGGCUAGCAAUCUACAGCUAUACCAGGAAGGCAUUGAUCUUCUCCGCACAGAGGCCGGCGAGGAUGAGAGCGCGCGGAGGAAGUUCGGUACAGAGCGGUGGAAGAGACCGAGUGGGCAGGAGGCGCUUCCCAAGCUCUACAACCAAGUCAACGACAUCGACGGCUACCUGAAGCAGGCGGCCAAGUCGGACGGGAUGGUUAAGGAGCGGCUGCGAGAGAAUGAGACGUUGAUCCGUUUGCUGGGCGGCACCGAUCGGGACCUCGAAGACUACGUUCCGUCGAGUCGACGCGCGACCAUGACUGCGACGGUGGAAAGGCAAGCCAACACGCUGCGCGCCACUCUCAACGAAGUCAGUCGUCUGGAGAGCCGAAGACGGAAGAAGGUGGAGAGUCUGCGCACAAAGGCGAAAGAAGACGACGUCAACCCGGAUCUCCUCAAAGAAGCCGGGAAACUGGAACGCGAAAACCCAAUGCAACCCGUUGUAGCCUCGCAGUUUGAAGAUCUCUUCAACGACCGACUAAAGAAAUACGACGUCGACCAACAGGCUCUCAAAGCGGAAGAAACCGACCAAGACCGCCUACUGCAACGCGUCUCCGAAGCCGACGCGCACUUCCAAGCGGCCAAAAAGGGCGACACGAGCUCCAAGGAGCGCGAGCAUGCGCUGCAGAGCCUGGAGAACGCGUACACGGCGUACAAGGAGAUUAUGCGCAACCUCGAGACGGGGCGCAAGUUCUACAACGACCUCAGCAACAUCACCACGCGCUUCCGCGAUGAGUGCCGCAAUUUUGUCUACGCGCGGCGCUCGGAGGCGCGCGGGUUGGAGGAGGAUGUGGCGAAUGCCAUGGCGGGGCUGCGGUUGCAGCAGGAUACGAAGAGGGAGUUGUUGAAUCAGAAACAGCAGCAGCAGCAGCAGCAGCAGCAGCAGCACGUCUCGCCGUCGCAGGCGAGGAUGACGCUCAGCGAACUUCCUGCUCCUAUGCCGCAGCGAGCUGCUGCUGCUCCGCCGCCUGCGGGCAUGCCGAUUCUGUUCGCGGGACAGUCGGGCGCAGGGAAGGGUGGUGGUGGUGGUGGUGGUGCCGGAGCGGGGGGUGGCGCGGUGGAUGGGAGGUGGGAUGCUGCGAAAGGGGUGAAGUUUGGUGGACGGUGA